GCGGGAGGGAGCGGGGAGGACGCGGAUGGGGACCCGGGAGCGGGCACGGGCGCGGGGGUCCCGGCGGGCCCCAGGCCGGCCUCGGCGCAGCCGACCGGCCAGCAUGGAGAGCUGCAGGCGACGGGAGGAGCGGCUGGUCCGGGCCGCGGCCUGCGCGGGCUCACAUUCCAAGAUGCCAGGAAAACGCAGUGUGAAGAACCCAGUGCCAGAAGAGUCUCCUGAGUUGAAAAAGGUUAAAGUCAGCCACCCAUCACACCGCUCACAGCCUGGGCUGGUGCUGACACUGGGCCAGGGUAAUGUUGGCCAGCUGGGCCUGGGUGAGGACAUCAUGGAGAGGAAGAAACCAACUCUGGUCACGCUGCCGGAGAUGGUGGUGCAGGUGGAAGCUGGAGGGAUGCACACGGUGUGCCUCAGCCAGACGGGAAAGAUCUACACCUUUGGCUGCAAUGAUGAAGGUGCCCUGGGACGCGACACCUCGGCUGAAGGAUCUGAGACCUCUCCUGGGCCGGUGGAGCUGCAGGAGAAGGUGGUGCAGGUGUCAGCAGGGGACAGCCACACGGCCGCACUGACUGAGGACGGCAGGGUCUUUGUCUGGGGCUCCUUCCGGGAUAACAAUGGAGUGAUUGGCUUGCUGGAGCCCAUGAAGACAAGCUCCAUUCCUUUGCUGCUUCAGCUUGACGCGCCCGUUGUUAAAAUAGUUUCAGGAAAUGACCACUUGGUGAUGCUGACAGUGGAUGGUGACCUGUUCACGUGCGGCUGCGGCGAGCAGGGCCAGCUGGGCAGAGUGCCAGCGCUCUUUGCCAACCGAGGAGGACGGAAAGGGCUGCAGCGGCUGCUGGUCCCCCAGCUUGUCCAUGUCAGAGGCAAAGGGAGAAGAGGCAAAACGCGCUUCCAGGAUGCUUUCUGUGGGGCAUAUUUCACCUUUGCUGUCACGCGUGAGGGACACAUCUAUGGAUUUGGCCUCUCCAAUUACCACCAGCUGGGGACCCAGGACACCGAGCCCUGCUUCUCCCCGCAGAACCUCACAUGCUUCAAGAACUCCACCAAGUCGUGGGUUGGGUUCUCUGGCGGGCAGCACCACACAGUCUGUGUCGACUCCGAGGGUAAAGCCUACAGCCUGGGCAGGGCAGAGUAUGGCCGGCUGGGCCUUGGGACAGGGGCAGAGGAGAAGAGUACACCCACAGUUAUCCCGGAGCUGCCCAGGAUCACCUCGGUGGCCUGCGGAGCGUCAGUUGGUUAUGCCGUCAGCAGUGAUGGACGAGCGUUUGCCUGGGGAAUGGGCACUAACUACCAGCUGGGCACCGGGGAGGAGGACGAUGUUUGGAGCCCUGUGGAGAUGACAGGGAAGCAACUGGAGAACCGGCGGGUGCUGGCUGUGUCCAGUGGUGGGCAGCACACUGUGCUGCUGGUCAGUGACAAGGAACAGAGCUGAUGAAACGCCGCCACAGCCAAGCCCAGCGGGAUCACAGGACCCCCCAGACCCCCCACAACUUCUGCCUGGGUUGGGGAGCCGAUUACUUGGGGAGGGCAGGAGGCUCAUGGAGCUAGGCCCAGCAGCACCUGUGUGGCUGGAACAUGGGUUCUCCCUGGAAGUGUUUGUUUUCCCAUGGUGCCCAGUGCUCUGUCAGCUCCCUGGAUCAGCUUGGUCCUAAACUGAUCCCGGUUCUGUGCCUGGAUGGAUUUCUACUUCUUCUCGUCUGGUUUUUUAACAUUUCCCGGCCCAGCAAAGCUGAGGGUCUUGUUCUUCACUCUACAAUCAAGUUUGGGUAUCAGUCUCCCUGAGGCCCCCAUGUUCCCCACAUCUGGAUGCUCCUCCACGCCCUUCACCUAAAUAUACCUCUCUGGCCUGGAUUUGUCUGCUGCCACCCACCAAACCCCUCUGAGCCUGUUCCAGGCAGAUCUGAGUACAACAGAAAUGUGUCCAGGAAGCUCGAUCUAAUAUAGAACUUGUGGCUGCUGUGGGGAUAUUCUGCCUGGUGAGGGAGAAGGCUGCUGGAUGACGCCUAGCACGCUAUGACCACUGGAAAAAGGAAGGGGGGCUCCUUCCUCCCAUCCCUCAAAUAUCUAACCUGAACCCCCCACAAAACAGUGAGGCCAGGAGCAGGUUCCCUGCUCCCCAUGGCCUGGAGCAGCCACCUCCAGCACUGCUUUUUGCAGUCCUGGCCACUCCCUCUUUGCCUUUGCCUUUGGAAACCCAAUCAAAUCCAUCCCACGGGUGAGAACAGUGUUACUUUAAAUUUUUUCUCUUUCGCUUGCUGAAGAAGGAGUUUCAUUUGCUGUUAGGACCUUGCUGAGCAGACACUCAGACCCCACUUAUGCAUGGAGAGACAUACAGGACCAGGAAACAACAGGACUCUUCCUUGCUGUCACCUCCCUGAUCCAACUGGUCUUGCUUCCUGUGCCCAGCCUGCUCCAUCCUCUCCUUGCAGGAGGUGCCUUCCAGGUACCUGGACUGAGGAAGGGUCUGCAAAGAGCUAAAUUUUAGCAAUAGGGGAGGGGGGUUUGUGGCUGGGGAGGGGGUCUGGGAUUAUACAAUGGUUCCAAAGGGGUUGGAUUUUUUAAAAAGGAAAAUGUAUUUUGGUUGAUUAAUCAAGGCGGAAAGGACAAAAAACUCAUCUUGUAGCAUUUGGAAUAAACUGAGAUUUGAUAAACCCA